AUGAAAGCCGUAAUAUUGAGAGAUGGCGAUGAAACACAUCUAAUUCACACCUGGGGGACACGAUUGAUGUAUCGGGGCGUCGAUGAUAGUUACCGUACUAUAGAGUGCAUGCGUGUGGAUGGCCAGCGAAGGAGGGAGCACGAAAUCAUUGAUCUGCUUUAUAAUUCGUCCGAGCGAGCGCUGAUGUGUCUGUUGUGCGACGGAACUGUGUGUACUUUUGGCUGUACAGUUAAACAUGGCGGGCUAUCCCUCACGCCACUACGUUGCUCCAAAAACCCAUACAUGGAUCGGGCGAUCGGAUGGCUUCAUCUUCGGUCCUUUGAGGCGGUGGUUGUCGGUUUUGCCUACGGCACAAACCCGCUGAACCGACAGGCUUGGUCGAUCGUCCUCUACGAUCAAGUUACCGAGACGCUGAUCUGCACAUCGGUUAAGGACUACAGUCUACUCCAUGAACCGGAAAAGAGAUUCCAUGGAAUAAGUUACGGCACGUUUCGCAAGAUGCCGGUGCUCCACUGCACUAUCGGUCACCACGAUGAGGUCGCUGGAUUCUACAUGGAGCCUAUCAUACCGAAGAUCACACAGCUACAGCGUUGCCGCAAUUGGAAGUCAGAGAUCUUCAUGAAAGUGAAUGGACAUAGCCUGUCGAGAAAUUAUUACGAUGGGGCUUUUGCAAACACCCGGGAAUCCACUGCGAAUGGCCACCGUUUCCUGAGAACUACAUUGUUCCUGCUGUCAUCUGAGGGCGUUGAAGUCUUGGAGCUGGUCGUCAAGGGAACAAAGUUAGAACAGCCGAAAGAUUGUGCUGAAAUUGUGCUACCGGAAGUUAUUAUACCAGACCGGGCACUUUUUCCCAACCUAUUUGUGGCCGAGAACCUCGUCGCUUGGCAGAUUUGCUCAAUCAAUUCCAAAUCCAACGAAAAAGGGGCGGUUGUUUUAUUUUGUGUUGGCCGGUGUCUGAAGGACGACAUCACUAUUUUCUACAUAUUCUUUUUGAUCUACAACACGGACAGUUUUAUGACCGACGAACGGAAAGUUUCUAGGGGAUGCUUGACCGGGAAUUGGAUCGAAAAUGCCAUGCAGCUAGUCGACAAAGAAAGUCAUUAUGUUGUUGCGCUGAACCUAGGUUCCGCCAUGCCCCAAAGCUCGUUGAUCUGUGCGUCAGGCAUUUAUCAUGUGCUCGUACGUCGGCAGAAAGAGUAUUGUUUUGUGGCUUUGCGGGACAAUAAGUCAAAGAAAAAGAACUACCACGCGGUGCAUGGACUCAUCGAACUGCACGCAACUUACGGCAUGCACCAGCUCACGCAUAUAUUUGACGACCAUGGCCUGGUCUACUCGAGGCACGGGCUUCACAUCCUGCGACUAUGCAGUUGUCAAAGCGAUUCAAUGAGCGAUUACUCGGUCAUCACCCGAUUAGGGGAAGGUGCUCUGCUGGUAGAGCCUGCUGCCGAGCCCCCUAUAUUCAUUCAAGAAGAAGUGCCCAUGGAGAUUUUGAUUGAGCAGUUUCGAUCAUCA